ACGCAGGCGCAAAUACCCUCCCAGGGCCCCAGCGGAAGCCACUCCCUCCCCUAAGUCUUAAAGGGCCAGAGGCAGCAUUUUACUGCUCGGGCCGUUCCUCACUUUUGGGGGGCGGGGGUGCGCACGCGCAGUGAGGGAGUUCUGGGGUGGGGGUAGCGGUCGAGUAUCAAGUUGCUUUCUGUCCCGGCCCAGGAAACCCGAGUGCUGAGGGUCCAGUCUCCAGCCUGCCUCCCACUAUAUCCAUAAGAAGAGAAAAGUUUGUGACUUGGGUCCCCAAGUUUUGAGAGAACUGGGCGUUCGGCGCGGGGGGACACAAGAGGCUCGUGGGGAGCUUUCCCCAUGGAGCCCACCCAGCCUGCAGAGGACCUCAUCCUGACCCAGCAGCCCCCUGCCUCGGAACUUGGGGACCCUGAAGACCCCGGAGAGGAGGCCGCAGAUGGCUCAGACACUGUGGUGCUCAGUCUCUUCCCCUGCACCCCCGAGCCUGUGAAUCCUGAACCAGAUGCCAGCGUUUCUUCUCCGCAGGGCGGCUCCCUGAAGCACUCCACCACUCUCACGAACCGGCAGCGGGGGAACGAAGUGUCAGCUCUGCCGGCCACCCUAGACUCCCUGUCCAUCCACCAGCUCGCAGCGCAGGGGGAGCUGGACCAGCUGAAGGAGCAUCUGAGGAAAGGUGACAAUCUCGUCAACAAGCCGGACGAGCGCGGCUUCACCCCCCUCAUCUGGGCCUCAGCCUUUGGAGAGAUUGAGACCGUUCGUUUCCUGCUGGAGUGGGGUGCUGACCCCCACAUUUUGGCCAAAGAGCGAGAGAGCGCCCUGUCGCUGGCCAGCACGGGCGGUUACACAGACAUCGUGGGACUGCUGCUGGAGAGGGACGUGGACAUCAACAUCUACGAUUGGAAUGGAGGGACGCCACUGCUGUACGCCGUGCGUGGGAACCACGUGAAAUGUGUUGAGGCCUUGCUGGCCCGAGGUGCUGACCUCACUACCGAAGCCGACUCUGGCUACACCCCGAUGGACCUUGCUGUGGCCCUGGGAUACCGGAAAGUGCAACAGGUGAUCGAGAACCACAUCCUCAAGCUCUUCCAGAGCAACCUGGUGCCUGCUGACCCUGAGUGAAGGCCACCCGCGGGGGACUCAGACACUCAGGGAACGAAACGGUUGGCCAGAGCUGGGAAAACCCAGAACUGGCUUCAAUGGCAGCUCCUGGACAGGCGGUGGGAGGGGACCCUUCCUAAGAGGAACCAAUAAACCUUCUGUGCAGAA